CAUCUUUCUUUCCCUACUCCCUAGUGUGAAAAGCCAGAAUGCAUCGUUUUCCUUGAGUAAAGGUGUCACCGUCCUUUGGUCUAUAAAUUAAUGCAUUCACUUCUUUGUGACUGUCUGUCUCUCUAUAUCUCCAACCGUGUCAUUGUUCUCGCUUCGAGAUCAACAUGGGCUCGGUAUCUAGAAAUUUUGUACUUUCUUUGGCAUUACUUCUGGCAACAUGUUCAGGAAUUUUGGGGAGAACUGAGAACAAUAUAAAAACAGCUGUUUUUCUGUCCCCAAAAUUUGAACUUGGAGCAGGAUCAGUUAUCAAUAGAUAUUACUAUGGUAUUGAUUUUCCAAGAGGUCAUAUAGCAAUGAAGAGUUUCAAUGCUGAAGUGAUUGAUGAAGCUGGGAACCCUGUGCCUCUCCAUGAAACUUACCUUCACCAUUGGGUUGUUGCAAGAUACCAUCAAAGUAAAAAACAUGUGACAACACACACAGACAAAAGCUAUGAUAAUGGACAUCGAAUGCUUCACGAGUCUGAUGAUUUUGUUAUGGUGAGGAACAAUGGCAUAUGCCAGAGGAAUGUUCUUGGUCAGUAUUAUGGGCUUGGUUCUGAAACUAGAGGAACAGCUACACAUAUUCCAGACCCUUUUGGCAUAGAAGUAGGAAACCCUGAAGAAAUUCCAGAAGGGUAUGAGGAGAAAUGGUUGCUGAAUGUCCACGCCAUUGAUACCCGUGGUGUUGAGGAUAAGUUGGGGUGCACUGAGUGCAGGUGUGACCUUUAUAAUGUCACAAAGGAUGAAUAUGACAGACCUUUGAGGCCAGAUUAUGUUGGAGGUUUGUUAUGUUGCUAUGACUAUACACAGUGUAAAUUGAGGGAAGGCUUUGAGGUUGAGAGCACAAGGAGAAGCCUCUACUUAAGAUACACAGUGAAAUGGGUUGAGUGGGACAAAUUUGUUGUGCCUGUUAAGAUAUACAUACUUGAUGUAACUGAUACUUUGAAAAUAUCAGAUGAUUCCAAAGGAGUAACCAGCUCAGAUCAUAAUUGUGUGGUUGAGUAUGAAGUUGAACCUUGCAGCACAGACCAUAAGGGUGGUAAUGGUUGUCAUCAUGUAAAGAGGACAAGCCUCCCAAUGCAAACUGGUGGUUAUGUAAUCUAUGGUGUUGCACACCAGCAUUCAGGGGGAAUUGGCUCAACUCUUUAUGGACAGGAUGGGAGGGUUAUAUGUUCAUCUAUGCCAAGCUAUGGAAGUGGAAAGGAAGCAGGAAAUGAGGCAGGGUACAUUGUAGGAAUGUCCACUUGUUAUCCUCAACCAGGUUCUGUCAAGGUAUUUGAUGGUGAAACUGUAACUCUGGAGUCUAACUACAGCAGCAGCCAGAGGCACAGUGGUGUUAUGGGGCUAUUCUACCUGUUGGUUGCAGAACAGCUACCACACCAACACUUCAUACAUUCCACUCGUUCUUCAUUUUUUGUGGAUGUAAAAAACAUAAUUUAUUGAUAGGUAUGGUUAGUGUCAUGCUAAUAUAAGCAUAGUGUCAUCGAUGAUAUAUAUAAGCAUAGUGUAAUUGAUGAUAUCUAAGUAUAGAAUCAAAAGAAAUAAAGACAGGGCAGGGUAGGCAGUGGGCGCAUACUAGUAGUCAUAUACAGUGGGCUCAUACCGAAGGUAUUCACAGAAGCUUAUCCUCAUAUUUGAUUCUGGAUUUAGAAUCAUUUGUGGAAGAAUUUUCAAACAUAAUAGUAGUCAUAUGUAGUUUGUAAUGUUUGCUUAAAAUAGUCUUGUAUUUUGCUAUUACACAUAAGAGGCCAAGUUUUAUUACA